AUGAGCAAUGACACGCCUGUGGUGCAUCCACCGCCGCUGCACGUGGCCGUGUGGGAGGGCGACCUCGAGCGCAUCCACAGCAUUCUUAACGCUGUCUGCCCCGAAGGCGAAGAAUCCCGAAACCCCGUUAAAGCUGAGGCGCUGAAAGCCCUUUUGGAGACCAAAGACAUUCGUGGGAAUUCUGCUCUGCACUUGGCUGUGCGCAUCGUGCAGCCACAUCAACAAGCCAUAGUAAAAUUGCUUCUAGAGCGCGAUGCCAAUGUCACAUCUCGCAAUUCUGACGGCUGGAGCUGCGCUCACGAUGCCGCUUUGCUGGACGAUGAGUAUAUGAUGGCUCAGCUGUAUCUACGAGGCGAACAGCAAGUGAUCAAGUCUCUCGAGUCGGCCCAAGAGACGUUCAUCGAGGCACUAGAGAAACUUCCGGAUUUUGAGGCAGAAAUCUUCAUUGAAGCCCAGUCCUGGGUGCCUAUAGUGUCCAGUGUGUUACCGUCGGAUACGAUCCGAAUCUGGAAGUACGGGUCUCAACUACGGAUCGAUUCGACGCUUAAAGGACUGGACGGAGUCAAGUGGAAGAAAGGACCGAUGAGUCAUGUAAGUUCUACGACGUCUUGGAAGCCAUGCACAACUCUUCAGUGGGGAACAUGGACAUGGCUUUGCAAGUCUCGUUGA